GUCGACCGAUUUCUGGUAAUCUGGACAUCAACUGCGACCUGUCACUGACUGCAGCCUUUUCUGCUUUGCAUCUGCAAUUCGAAGCUCCUCUGGCUGUAUUUUUUUGCCUGUGGAGCAAAGAGCUCAGGAAGAAGAAGCUGUCGCCUUAACCACACUAAGAGGUGUGGUAUGGUCCCACCUCUUUUGGUCCCGUGUGUUUGAUGACCAUUAACUUGGUCUCACGUUACCAACUGCAAGGGCAGCAUUAAGUCCGUCUGUUGGUCCGUCUGUACGUCUGUCUGCAUGGCUGAUAUCAAGCCUAGCCUGCCAAAGGCGGUAAGGUCAAAGGUGGGCAAAUGUCGCCGAAGAAGGGGGCGUAAGAAAAAGGUCACCAUGGCACCUGCAUCCAUCAAUGGCCCCAUCGCCGAGCUGGAGAAGGAGAUAGAAAGAGAGGACAUUGAUUGGUGCAAGGAGUGCAUGAAGCGAGAUGAGUGGAAUGCUGUUAGUUACAUGCAGAUCAGUGACGAGCUGGCUGUUCUUGUGUGCAACGAUGAGCAGUGUACAUCAUUACCAACACUGGCACCUGGCUCUCAUCUAGUUGUGGAACGAAGAGCUGCAGACAUCAUCCAGUGCAGGAAGCGUAAGAGACGAGCCACAAGUCUGCAAAAAUUUGAUGCUCCUAAUCCUCCAAACAAACACAACCUGUCACAGCCGCAAGCUCCUUUGUCUGCAACAGUCUCUCCACUCGCUCACAGAGGUAUUGUACAAUGGCAAAAUGAAAAUAGCAUGUGUUGGCUGGAUGUAUGCAUGCUCCUGCUGGUACAGUUCAGAAGUCUUCGGCAAUGUCAUCAAGCACUUGGCGCAACAUCCCCAUUGAGGACGCUAUGUGAUGGUUUUGAUUCGGCCCAGGAUAUGGCUAGGACUGUAAUUGAAGCAGCUGAGCAGAAUUUUUGUGAACAACCUAACAGCAAUAACUCAACAUCUGUUGAGCAACCCACAGAUACCUCUGAUGUAGAACUUUUAUCAGCAUACCUCGAGAGUGAUCUCCAUAGGGCAGGAGAGAAUGAUAAACUGGUUCGUUCAGAGCUCUCAGACAAUUUUCUUUAUUUCAUUGAAGGGAAACUACCAAACAGUAACAUGUGUGCCCAAUAUUCGACUGAUAAACUUUUAGAUCCUCUUCUUUCAGACAGAGCAACUCUGUCUCCCGAUGGCAUUGCAUUCAAACAAACUUCUCUCCUCCGGGAUACCAGUACUGGCAAACUUGCAACUUCUCUUAGGUUACUUAGAACCCUCCGGAACGAACUCUUUGAGAUACUGAAGCCCAAACUUGGAUGCAUAGAAAACAAAGAGGAAAGUCCCAUCUCUGCCCUUCCAACACUCCUGAGACUUGAUGGUGUCACAGAAGAGCACUUCACUUUGCGUUACAGGAAGGAAUUCUACUGCUUCUCUUGCGGAUUCACAAAUGUUACAGUACAUCGGAAUGUCAUUGCCUCUGUCACCUCAACUGCCAAAGACUUCAGUAUGCAGAAUCUCACCAUGUAUCACCCAUGCCCGCAGUGCAAAGCUCCAAAUCAAUCAAGUCGCCUCAUCUACCAUAGCCUGCCAACCUGCCCGCUGAUCCAUUUCAGCAAUGGACUUAGCAAUUCAACAGAGUUACCUUGGCUUCAACCCAACUUCCGACAUAAUGGACAACAGUACCACUUGAGCUGCAUCAUUCAGUACAUCCGUCAUCCGAACCACUUUGUCAUCUGGAUACGAGACCCCUCCAGAGAGCUAUGGAUCAAGUGUGAUGGCCUCUCCUCACCAGUGUGCCUGUGGGAGUCCCCUGAACUGUCAAUCCCUCCAUCUGAAAUCCAUCUGGUUGGUUGGGAGCGACAGAACAGUGAAUGCUAUUCCUGUGUUGACCUGCAGCAGCAGAUGAUUAGCAUACAGGAGGCAGCUCUAGAGAUGGACGAUGAUCACAUGUUUGAGAAUACCCAUGAUACAGAGAGCACUUCUUGCAACGCACCCCUUAGGAAAAGAAGCUGCCCUGCGGCCAUUGGACAAAGUGCAUCUCUGCUUGCUAUGUCUAACAGUACUUCUUCUGUAGAACAAGUGGCGAGGAGGAAGUCAGACUAUUCCUACUUGGUUCAUAAACGUAGCGAACCACUGCCACCUUCUAGCAUUCUAUCCAUCGGUACUCCACCCCAAUCUCCUGAGUUUCAGUUGCCCCAAGCCAGUUCUUCACAGGAGUCAAAGGACAGUAUUUCUUCUGCUGCAUUGAAAACUGGCAGACCUGGAAGUCAAGUGUCAAAACAACAGACUUUGUCACUCAGAGAUCAACUUAAUAAUGAGAAGUGGGAGAGAGCAGCUGCAUCUCCAAAAUCUGAUGAUCAUGGACACACAAGCAAUCGAAGGAGUGUUGCCAGCUAUCUGCAGAGCAAAGCAAAGUACCAGAAGAAGCCACCUGAGAAAGUUCCUGGUGUGCUCACUGGACUUCUUGGGAAUUUCACAAAAUCGAUCACUCGGCAACGUCAAGAUUCUGUCAAAGAAUCAAGCAAACCACGGGCGAUUUACACUCCAGUUACCAACAAUUUCUCUGUGCUUCAAACCUUGCACUCCUUGAACAUCAACUCUUCGAUACCAAAGAAAGAUAUCAAAAGUGAAGACUUGGAAGGAAAGCCAGACAAGAAGCCAGGUAGUACAACCCAGCUCGUGACAGAAAAAGGAUCCGUGCUUCCCUCUGUUCUUAAAAGGGUUCAAAAGUUGAGGAUCCCUCGACAGAAAUUCAACUCAUUCAGUGCCUUCAAAGAACGGUCUGCCAGCAAGUUUUCAGGCUAUUUGAAGCAGAAAGAACCAGCUGCUGAUGAUGUCCAUAGCAAUUGCAACACUGAAGGUCAUGAAGGUAAUGUCAGUCAGAUCCAAGAGGAUGACUUUCAAUCUAGCAUCCUGCUAACUCCAUCGUCUUCUGUUUCAAGUCCUAGUGCAUGCUCUGAUGUAAGCCUUCAAAAUGAGAACCUUCCAGGGGGACCCUCGGACAAUCCUGAAACAGGGAGCCCGAACAAUCCAAUGAAUGCUCUAUGCCAGGCUCUGGAUGUUGUAUCUUGUGAUGUCACACAGGCUGUUGCCCCUCAGGUCACCAGUGAAGAUGAUGAUUGUUUCCUUCGAGAUCUGCUUAGAUGAUGUUGACAUGCUUUGAGUGGAUACUUAAUUUAGGAUCUGUCCAUACUUUUAUUGCUCUUGGGUUGUUCUUAUCAUUAGAUUUGGUUUAUCCAUAAUUUGUCAAUGUAAUAGAAAAUAAGUAAUUCAAGACAAGGUGACCAGAUUGUAGUUAUGUUGCCAAUUUCAAUAUGAAAAGCUGUGAAAAAAUAUGUCCCCAUCUCAAUAUUGUAUGCCAUAGGUUUGGCGACCGUUGUUUAUUUAUUUUCUUUAAUCUCAUGAAAUUACGCAUCAUUAUGUAAGACCAAAUAAUGUUAAAAAAUGGUCUUUAAUGUCCAAAUCCAAUGCAAAAUCUGUUUUAGGCAAAAUUCAUAACUGAUCAUUAUUUGUACUUUCACUGAUUAAAAACUAAAUGAUUUCAUGUUUAUGAUCAUAAAA